CUUGAUGCUAUUCAGUUUGCGGUUCCUGCAGCAGUUGCUGAUGAGGAAGCAGAAAUGGUGAUGUUUCCCAGGGAGGGUCCAGGAGUCUCAUAUGGGCUAAACUGGGCUUUAGCAGGGAGAGGUGUUAUUGUAAAUGAUAAGGCUUAUUACAAUUUGAAGAGGCAUGAGCUUGAAAAACUUGGUGCAGGCAAGACAGAAACUUUGUCUGGCAUUGCACUGUAUAUGAGAGGCAAUAUAACUGGAGGGACUACUGAUGUUUCUAAGGCUCAAUUUGGUAAACUUUUGAAACAGGUUACAUCUCACAUUUCAUCCGUCUCAAGUGUCUUUGUUCAAGAUGGAGCUAUUUCCUCAUCUCCAACAAGUGAUGUCAAAGUCCGCAUAAUAAGUGAUAGUUCCUCUGCUUUAUUGCCGCUGGUUGAUAUCCUCUGGAAAACGCCUACUCGGGCAGUUUCACAUGAUUCUUCUCCACUUACUGUUUAUAUUGCCAGCUCUAUAAG